AUGUACCAACACCUCCGACUUACAUGGACAAACUUCGACUACUGCUGGAGCUCGAGGAUCGCUGUCCUCGCUGCCCCCGUCAGUCAUGGCAUCAGUAGCUCCCCGGAUCUCUCCUCUAGCCACCUUUCUUCUCCUCCUGGAGACACCCGCUACGGCAUACCUGCGAUGUAUAACCGCAACCAAAGCCAGCACCAAAACCCUCAAGACAUCCCCAUCUUUGUGGAUAAUACAGCAACGCCAGCAGGGCCAGGAGCCCAUUGCUUCCCAGGCUACGAUGCCAUCGACGCAGCUUCAGACCUGACUAUCUGCCAGGUUUGGAACCCCACCUCCGAAAGAAAGUAUCUGAGAUGGCUGCAUCUUGGCCGGCAUCCAUUGACACGAAUCGUGAGGCAGGUUGAGUGCCUGGAUGUCACAUUUCGAUCUGAGGCUGUUCGAUGGAUCCAUUUCCCGGAUAGAAUGGCAUUGAAGGGAGCGGAACUGACAAUUCGUACGGUCGAUCUUCUGAUAGACCCAAGAAGGGGAAACAUUUUGUACCGCGACUAUUGGGACGACAUGCACUUGGCAGACUGGAUGAGUCGACAACCAAAGGAGCCCGAAUGUUUGUCUACUCUAUCCACCACUGAGCCCCAGGAGGAAACCAGCCUGACUGUUCGCCAAAGAGUCGCUGUCGAGACCACGGGAAAAUAUGUUGUAGCAUUCAAGAAUGCCAUUACCACUAAGCGAAAGGAGCGAACCCAACUUGAAUUGUAG